AGCUCCGUGGAGCAGGACGCGGACACAGCAGACAGACCGUGGGGCUGUGCAUUCUGAGCCGUGGACUCAUUCCAGUCCUCCACUUGGGUCUGGGUAAACAGCACCGCCCCGAUGGUUGUUUGUUUUAAGUGUGGAACGAUCCAUCGCGGAGAGCCGGGCUCGAUUGACACUGUCUGCUGAUCUGCUACUGCGGAUUGCUCAGAAUAACACGGCUGCUCGCUAAUUCCCGUCUAUCGGGGCUUUCGGCGAAACACCGAGUGAGUACGGUCCAAAAAAAGCCAACAAGGCAGGCAAGAACGGCGCGCCGCCGGAGUCCGCACCCCAGAAUGGCUUCAGGAGACCUUUACGAGGUGGAACGGAUUGUGGACAAAAGGCGGAACAAAAAGGGUAAGUGGGAGUACCUGAUCAGGUGGAAAGGCUAUGGAAGUAAGGAGGACACCUGGGAACCAGAGCAUCAUCUGCUUCACUGCGAAGAGUUCAUCGACCAGUUCAACAGUUUGCAUCUUCACUCACAUAAACGGCCUAAAAUUCCAAAAAUUCGCGGAGACAUUCACAGCCACCCAUCAGCUACAGACACCUCCAGAGCUCGUUCUGAGGCCCGGAAGAAGAAAAGGACUUGUGGCCCAGCUGUGGGUGUUAGAGUGGGGGCUGUUCUAGGGAUUGGAAGUGGUGGUUCAGGACCCACUCAGAAGCAGAGGAAGGUUAGCGUAGCCAGUGGGAAACGUGCUUUAGGGGACAGAAUGAGCAAAACAAUGACAUAUAAGGCUCCUUCUCACUUUGUUCCUCCGGCGAGGGUUCCUCAUAAUGGACUCCAGAAUGGAGAGAUGGAACACAUGUACAGGACGGCAGCAAGGUCACAUCGACUGCCCUCGGACAGAGUGGACGGGGAUUUAGGAGAUCUGGACACCACUGGACAACAGUUCACCAGUGAGCUAGGCUCCCCGCUGGUGAAUGGAAAGAUGCAUCUGCACAGCUCAGUAAAGCGGAAGCUGGCGGAGGAGAAAGGCUACUCGUUCGACAAGCGACUCAGGUACAAUGUGCGACAGAACGAGAGCAACUGUCGAUUCAGAGAUAUCGUGGUCAGGAAAGAGGAGGGCUUCACACAUGUGCUGCUGUCCAGCCAAACGACAGACAACAACGCUCUGACACCCGAGAUCAUGAAGGAAGUAUGUCGGGCUCUGGGUAAUGCAGCUGCUGAUGACAGUAAGUUACUGUUGCUCAGCUCUGUAGGGACUGUUUUCUGCAGUGGCCUGGAGCCUUCCUACCUGAUAGGACGUCUGUCUACUGACCGCCGGAAAGAGAGCAGCCGUAUUGCCGACGCUGUACGGGACUUUGUGUUGGCAUUCAUCCACUUCAAGAAGCCCAUUGUGGUGGCAAUAAACGGGCCGGCUCUGGGCUUAGGGGCCUCCAUCCUGCCUCUGUGUGAUGUGGUGUGGGCCAGCGAGAGGGCCUGGUUCCAAACUCCAUGUGCAGCCCUCCACCUCACCCCCUCAGGCUGCUCCUCGUACACCUUCCCCCAGAUCCUGGGUGUAGCUCUGGCCAAUGAGAUGCUGUUCUGUGGAAGGAAACUUACAGCUCAAGAGGCAUGUAGUCGAGGUCUGGUAUCGCAGGUCUUCUGGCCCACCACCUUUAACCAAGAGGUGAUGCUACGUGUGAAGGAAAUGGCAUCCUGUAAUGCAGUGGUUUUAGAAGAAUCCAAAUGCCUGGUUAGGAGUAUCAUCAUGUCUGUGUUGGAGGAAGUGAAUGAGAAAGAGUGUCAGAUGCUGAAGCAGCUGUGGUGUUCGACCAAAGGUCUAGAGGCACUUUUCAGUUACCUGCAGAACAAGUCCUAUGAAAAGUGAACAUCCACAGCCGGGACACUACAGAUGGUCUGUGUGGGUUUGCCUCCAGAGCAACAUACAGGAUGAUAACGCUGUGAUCUCAAACUGAAGGAGAAGCAGCUCUGAAGGCCUUCCUUUCCAUCCAUCAGCAGAGGAGAAUCUGAAGUUCUGUUUGCUUACAUUUUUACCAAAUUCCUUCAUGAUUACUUUUUGUAAAGUAACUUUUUUUAUUGAACUUGUCCUGACCGUCCAGAUGUUAAUUCUCUUUUUAAGGAGUCAAAGAGCAAAGGGCCAAAUGUGCAUUGCUUAAAUUAACACUGAAGGAGGUUCUUCAGGGAGGUGCAGAGUGUUUCUGUACAUGUGUGAGAUGUGUGUUUAGCUAAUGACCUGGAUGUAUGAAAUCAAUGUAUGUCUGAUAGCACAUGAUGAAAUGAUGAUAAUAUAUAUGAAUAUAUAUUUAUUUCAAAUGUGUUAAAGAGUUGCUUUCUAUAUAUGAGAUGCAUUAUUUCAGGUUUUCUUUUAGUUGCUUAUUAAUUUAAUCUACUGUAAACCAAAGUCUGCAUGAGAACACUGUUUCCUGCUCCUUAGAUACACAUUCCAACUUCUCUGAAUGGACAAGAGAAAACUGUCUGCAAAGGCUAAAACAAUUCAGCAGAUCUGAUUCACUGUCUGCUCAACCCACAUCAUCAUAUGAGUUAAAAGAUGAGGACGUUUAAGUCAUAGAAGAACAUGUUUAAUUUCAAUAACAUAAGACAAUGUAUUGUUCGUAUUACAAGUCUUCACUACACAGAACAAAUAUUUGAAUUUUCUUUUGCCGUUAUCACCAUCAUCAUCUGACUGUCAUCGAGAUUUAAAUCAAGAUUAUUUCUAAUGUACAAUGAAGCCACCUGUUUGAUGAGUAUAGAAAAUAUGAUCUUUAUACUGUCAGCAGCCAUUUACCUUAACUUAUUGUCACCUACAGCAAAAGUGAUACAGGAGAAUAUAUAGAAAUGAAUUUAAUUACAUCUCACUGAGGUUAGUUUUUCCUUUAAAGUAACACAUAUAGAGAUUGAAGUGCAACAAAAAAAAAAUUUCAGCAAAUUACAAACCUAAACAAAAAUGGAGAACCCUGGAAAGAAUUCCUCUGUUCACUGUGAAUGCUAGCAGUAGAUAAACAACUGUGUGUGAUUUGAAUCGCAGCAUUUUGUGCAAAAUGAAUUAGUGGCACAUGUCACAUUGAAGGAUUAGCGAUGGAUUCUAGCCUAUUUUAGUCUGAACUACAUAUUGUCUGCGUACAUGUCGUACUGUGACGUAUCGUCGUGCGAGGAAAAAAAAAAUGUUUGGAAUUCAUACAUAUAACAUUGCUAUCAGGUGUCGGCGUAGAUAUUUUGUGUGAAAUGUAUGACUUUUUUUGUUAAAUCAGAUGAUGAGUUGUGUGUUUAGAGCACAAAAAGCCAGGAAUCUUGUUCAUUAUUGUGGAAAUGCAACAGUCAUGUAGCUGGAGUCAACAUUGUCUUUAUCUGCAUGUGUCGAUUCAAAGAUUUUACAGAAUGUUCUAUUUUAAUGUGUGUUUUAUUUAAGGAUCUCCAAAAAUGUAAGUCUGUGAAAAUUGUUUUGUAAAAUUCAGAGAAUAUUUGUCCAUUUUUGCAAUUGUACACAUGCAGUACAGAUUCUAUCAAUAAUGUAAACUGUUGUGUGUAACUAAUUGCAUGUAUUAUAAUGUACAUAUUAUGUGUUGCCUGUCAAAAUACCUUGUGUGUCAAGGUAUGUUUUGUACCAGCAUUGUAAGUAUUGUUAGAAAUGUUGCAGGUUAUUUUUGUAUUUAUUUGAGAUAUCUGUUUGGAUGUGCAGUGCCAUGUGGUUUUCUUUGCUCCAGAGGCACCCCAACUCUCCUUAUUACCGUUUCUAAAAUUUCCCAGAGAAACUUCAGUUACUAUAAUGGGUAAAAAAUAUAUUUAAACUGAACUGUAGAGCAGUGAUUAGGUGCACUUCUGCAGAACGUUGACUAUAAUAUACAAAGCUGGCUAUGCUCUAACAUAGUGUGGCAGGUUUGUAACCAAAAAGCUUUCAUUAUCCUCCACUCAUCAGUCAGGUUGAACAAGAUAUUCUGGAUCAUUUUCAAUGAAAAAGUUCCUCAUGUUUACUGUUGUUCGAUAACCGUUAAUAUUCUUCCUGCAAAAACAUCACUAAAUGCCAUUCACUCAGGUCUACACCAUUGUACAGUUAAUGCAUUUAUUCUUCAACACUGUUUUUUUUUAUUUAUUUCUUAAUUUAUUUCUUUUAUGUGGUAAAGUAAUACAAAUGAUUUUCUCUAACUAGUAAUUGGUAAAACAAUGUCUCGCCUGAUAAAGUGCAUUGAUUAUUUUUUAAAUAUGAUAAACUGGGUAUUCUCAUAGGCUCUAGGUCUGAAUUUUAGCCACUGUGGAUUUGAAAUGAAAUUAAUAUUUUCAGUGAAUAAUUUCUAACAAUCCCCUCAGACCUACAAAAUAUUGCAAAUGACAGGUUUUUGACAUAUUUCUGUAUUUUUUAUCAUGCAUAAUGUCAUGCAUCAUCCCAUAAUUGUUUUAUCCUUAACAUUUUCCUUCCCCAUAUUGUCUCAGAGCACACCUUGGGGUGCCUUACAAUUUAAAUAUCUGUCCAGGUUGAUCCAUACGUUGUGAUGGGUAGAGUGAGCUGCUUUCAUUAAAGAAACAGUACUUUAAAAAUG